AACAAAUUUUCAUAACAACGAAAAGUUUGGUGCUGCUUCUACAGUGAUAGAACAGACUAAGCAGUUAUUUUUUAUUUAAUUAUAUAAAAAAAAUACUAAGUAUGAGUCGAUGCAGACAAAACUUUCAUGAAGAUUGUGAAGCAGCCAUCAAUAAACAAAUAAAUGCUGAGUUAUACGCAAGCUAUGUUUACAUGUCUAUGGCUUAUCACUUUGAUCGAGAUGAUGUUGCGUUGGAGGGAUUCUUCAAAUUUUUCAAGCACCAGUCUGAUGAAGAACGUGAACAUGCUGAAAAGCUUAUGAGCUAUCAAAACAAACGAGGUGGUCGUAUUUUUCUUCAAUCUGUAAUAGCCCCACAAAACGAAUGGUCUAGUCAUAUUUCAGCAUUAGAAGAUGCGCUCACUUUGGAGAAAAAAGUAAAUCAAUCUUUGUUGGAUUUACAUAUGAUUGCUACCAAAUACAAUGAUCCUCAUUUGAGUGAUUAUUUAGAAUCAGAGUUCUUGAAUGAGCAGGUUGAUUCAAUCAACCAGAUUUCUAAGUUGCUUACUAAUGCAAAGAGAUGUGGCGAUGGUCUUGGUAUUUAUCAGUUUGAUAAAAUGACCAUGGCAUCUGAAGACUCAGCAAAAUAAAAAUGCUAAUUAAUAUUCUUUUUUUUUUCAAUUUAUAAUUUAUUGUAAACAUUGUUUUUUUGUGUUAAAAAAGUUGUAUCAUAAGUUUUUUUGAUAUUAAAAACUUGAAGAAA